AUGGCGGCCAGGCAGCUCCGCGCGCUGGCGGGCGCCGCGCUCGGCCCGCCACGUCCGACGUCCCUGCGGGCCGGAGCCGGGGUCCCGCGGCCGCUCGGCCUCGCCCUCUGCUCCGCGGCCGGCCGCCCCCCGCCGGGCGGGCCUGAGGGAGCCCCGCGGCGCCCGGCCGGCCGAGAGCUAACCCCGGCGGAGCGGCGGAUCGCCCAGCUGCACGCGGCCGCCUGCGCGGCUGGCCAGCUAAAUUAUGUGGAUCCAGCUACUGGCUAUGUGGUGCUCACAGAGCUCGCCCACUUGCAGAGAGGUGAAUGCUGUGGCUCUGCGUGCAGACACUGUCCAUAUGGUCAAGUCAAUGUUAAAGAUCCAUCUAAAAAGAAGCAAUUCAAUUCAUAUUUUUAUGUUUGACAACAAUUUCAUACUCUGUUCUCUAUUUAAUUGGAGCUGUAUUUAAAAAAGAAGAAAGUCCUAAUCCAGAAUUGCUCCCUGUGCUGCUGGGAUUCUAGCACCAAGUUAAACUUAAAUACUGACAUUAAAAGAGCAUCAAUAAAAUU